AGGUCUUUCUUAUUCUUGCUGGUGGAACGGAGGUCAACGCAAUCCGCGACAAGACUUGCUGCAGCCGUUGUUUUGAAGUACAGGUGUUUAUUUUUUACUACCACUUCGGUUUUUAAUAAUUGAAGACAUCAUCGAAGUACGAUGUCAGAUUUCGACCACAACCCGUUCGCGGACCCUGAAUUCAAUAAUCCUUUUCAGGAUCCGUCAGUGACACAAGUAACACAAAAUGCUCCUCCAGGGUUGGAAGAGUACAACCCCUUCACAGAUGCCAAGCCGGUCCCUUCUGGCACGGCACCCAAAGUACCUGCCCCCACCACCACCAACAACACACAGCCAGCCAUCAUGAAGCCUACGGAAGAACCGCCUGCAUACUCGCAGCCUCAACAGACACAGGAGCAAGUGCGGGCUUCAGCAGAGCUGCUGAGGAGACAGGAGGAGCUGGAGAGGAAGGCAGCAGAGCUAGACCGCCGGGAGAGAGAGAUGCAGUCCCUCAACGCAUCAGGAGGUAGGAAAAACAACUGGCCUCCUCUCCCAGAGAAGUUCCCUGUGGGUCCCUGUUUCUACCAUGACAUCACAGUGGACAUCCCUGUAGAUUUCCAGAAGACUGUCAAGAUCAUGUACUACAUCUGGAUGUUCCACACGGGGACACUGUUUGCCAACAUGUUUGGCUGUUUGGCCUGGUUCUGUGUGGAUGCGUCCAAAGGAGUGGACUUCGGCCUGUCCAUGCUCUGGUUCAUGAUCUUCACCCCCUGCUCCUUCGUCUGCUGGUAUAGACCCCUCUACGGAGCCUUCAGGAGUGACAGCUCUUUCCGUUUCUUCGUCUUCUUCUUCGUCUACAUCUGUCAGUUUGGUGUUCACGUGAUGCAGUCCAUCGGUAUCUCCGGCUGGGGUGCCAGUGGGUGGAUCUCAGCUCUGACUGGUCUGAAUAAGAGCAUCCCUGUUGGCAUCAUCAUGAUCCUCAUCGCUGCUCUAUUCACUGCCCUUGCUACCAUGUCCCUCAUCAUGUUCAAAAAGGUACAUGGUAUGUACCGCACCACAGGGGCCAGCUUUGAGAAGGCCCAGGCAGAGUUCGCCACGGGCGUCAUGGCCAACAAGACGGUCCAGACAGCCGCCGCUACUGCAGCCUCCAACGCUGCCAGCGGAGCAUUCAAGCAACAGAUCUGAUUGGUCCACAGACACCCCUAGAGCUCGCCCUCUUUCUUCUCUCCGUCCAAUCCAAGCUCCAGAGCGAGCUGGAGUUUCCCUACCCUCCUAACCUAGCUCUACUGACAUGACUAGCAUGACACCUAGAAGGAUGAGACCAAUGAUGUCAUAGUAGAUGAAAGCAGGAAGUAGAAAUGAGAGGCUCGUUUGAAUCUUUUCAUUCAGUUCAAUUUGUCUCCCAGUGCAGAUGUACUUCCUAUAGAAUUUGUGCUUUAUGACAUCCCCGUCUGAUCCCUCUCCUUCUCAUUCUGCUCACAUGGUGACACCCGCUUCCACCAAGCCCCGCCUCUCACAUGCCCUGAGGGCUGUAACUCCGCCCACCCCAGUGACUUUAUUAAUGCACUCCUGUGCUGUGUCUGUCUUACCCCAUACCCCUUAGUCAUGUCACUAAGUGUUUGCAAACUUUGAGUGUAUGAGUGUGCAGCUGUGUGUAUGGGUGUACAGCUGUCUGUAUGCGUGUGUAUAUGAAUAUUAGUGUCUCUCCAUAUGUUGAUGCUGAGGCCUAUAUGUUGUGUGAGUCCCAGCUAUAGAUUCUAUUCUUUCUCUCACUCUCUCUAAAGCAUUGUACCAAGUCAAUUCACUGCACCAAGACUCUCUUAGCUGUAGCUAUCCAUUCACUUCCACGACUGUUUUAUUAACUGGAUUCAGCCAAGUACUGGUCAAAUGUAACACUUAAUAAAAUCAACACUUGUUUACUUCUUUUGAACCCUGAGCCGGUCAGGCUGAGAUGGUCCCUAGUCAGUGAGGUCUGUCCUCUGGUGGUGAUACUCUCUAGUGUUGAUGAUGAAUGCUGUGCAUUGCACAAGUUGUUUAAUAACUCGGAAUGAUCACAUCUAAAUGGUUUAAUCUCAAGAAGCGAGUGUAAACUGAUCAGAACUCUAAAUCAGGAAGGAAGGGUACUGUUAUGUCUGUACAGUUCAUACACUAUGACAGUCACGUGACAUGUUAUUGUUCAAUUGACGUUAUGAUUAAACGGGAGCAGUUAGCUCUGACACCUGUGGUUGCAUCUAUCCUCAACUUAACAGGUACGUGUCUCAGAAAUCAGGAUUCUGUCUUGUACUGUCUUGGUUAUCCUUUUCAUAACUGUGUUUUUCUCACAGCCUUGUAUUCUUGCCUUUGAUAACGUUUGAUCAAAAUACCUUAUAAUAUGAACCAGAUGACAUGAACCUAAAUGUCAUAGCCUCUAUCCUCUAGCCUUGUCCCUUGCUUUAGUGGUAAAGUUGCACUUCAUGUAGACACUCCUUCACACACAGACACAUCCACCCAAUAGCUGGAUUCUAGGCCUUGAUACCUGCACAGACACAUAUGUAUGCUAGCUAACAAAUGACUGCAGUGUGUGAGAGAGCUAGCUCAUCUCCAGCUUUGGUUUUCUGGUGGAGACAUACCUCAGUUACAGUUGGUACUAUUCAGGAUUAUAUCAAGAUGUACUCUGCGUGCAUGACAAAGCUUGCAGAUCAGCUGGACACUACUCUGGUCUAGGCAUCUGUGUGUAUAGAAGUCCAUGGUUACACUCCAGUGAGUGGGUGAACUGAUGAAAAAGGAGGAUUCUGUCUGUUUGAAGUUGAUGCUGUGCAUUAAAGUGAACACUCCAGUAGUCCCUCUUUCUCCAAACACUCCUUCAGAACAGGAGAUAUCAUUGGUUAUAUCCCAGUUAUAUCAUUGGUCUGUGCUGUGUAGAUGCUGAUAGCCUGAGUAUUCAUUAUUUUAUCUUCAUGGUUGAGUGAAAGGAGAGAUUCUUCUAUUCCCAGAGAGGCUUGUUUAUUGGUUUGUCUGUUCUGUGUCUUCCCCUCAGUUGGAUUGUAUUCAUCAUGUUAGAUAGAAAGUACUGAAUAAGUUCUGAUUCCAUUAAAUUUAUUAACAUGUCUUGAGUGUUUAUAACUGAACCUACCUGUGACUUUCAGCUUUUGAAUGUGACAUGAAGAGGGGAUGUUUUGAGGGGUGUGUGCGUGUCCAUGUGUGCUGUAAUAUCAUUGACGUGUGUGUUGUGGGGUGUCAAAGUGAAGUCUUAAGGAUAACUGGUUGUUCAGUUGAACACUGAUGUGGGCAGAGACAGGCUGACAUCCUCAUGAGUUUCCUCCUUUUUAUACUUCCCUUAAUAGUCUAAUAGUCAUUCAUCUCUCUGUGGUCUUGAGUAUGAGUGAAUGUGUGUGCUGAGCUACUUUAAGUUAUUCUACAUAUUUUGAAAAUCUGAAUGAAUGGCACCUGAAUGUUCCUGUUAAAUAUGUGUUGGCUUGAAAACAAUAAAAAAAAAUGCAUCAACUGGAUAAUGUGAGAAAGUCAGUAGGUGAAACUAAGCGAUGUUUGUGUUUUGAGAUGGACUGUGGCUUUAACUUGUGCUUUUUAAUCAAUGUAUCAAGUAUAUAGUAAAAUACUGAGAAUAAAUAUGACAUUUGUCUUGCUCAACUCUGACAAUGGAAUAAAUUGAAGUUAUUUAAAAAAUUAAGCAAACUUUAAGGGAUGUUUGUAGAUUUUGUAAAGUUUGACAACUUGUCGGCCGGUAUCCUGAAUUUUAUUGUACUGUACAGACAACUCUCCUCUCCUUUUUAGUCGCAUGUUGAGUAGUUUAAGUUUUGUAUAUUUAUUGUAUUAACACAAAAUAAAAUUCAGAAGUCAACUCUA